GGGCAAGUCAAUCCACCUUGCUGCUCAUUGCGGCGCAUGUGCUAGGGACUGGUGGGGUCUAGCAGGAUCCGGGUGGUGGCAGACAGACCCCCCAGCCCACCCCCACACUGAUCCUGGUGCCAGCAGAGUCAUGACCCUCUUCCACUUUGGCAACUGCUUUGCACUGGCCUAUUUCCCCUACUUCAUCACCUACAAGUGCAGUGGCCUGUCGGAGUACAACGCUUUCUGGAGAUGUGUCCAAGCUGGAGCUACCUACCUCUUUGUCCAGCUCUGCAAGAUGCUGUUCUUGGCCACUUUCUUUCCCACCUGGGAGGGUGGAGCCGGGGCUUAUGAUUUUGUGGGGGAGUUCAUGAAGGCCACGGUGGACCUGGCGGACCUGGUGGGGCUGCACCUGGUGAUGUCGAGGAACGCAGGGAAGGGCGAGUACAAGAUCAUGGUGGCAGCCAUGGGAUGGGCCACGGCCGAGCUCGUCAUGUCCAGGUGCAUUCCUCUCUGGGUGGGAGCCCGUGGCAUUGAGUUUGACUGGAAAUAUAUCCAGAUGAGUAUCGACUCCAACAUCAGUCUGGUUCACUACAUCGCCAUGGCUGCCCUGGUGUGGAUGUUUACCCGCUACGACCUGCCCAAGCGCUACCGCCUGCCCCUCACCCUGCUGCUGGGCCUCAGUGUCUACAAGGCCUUCUUCAUGGAAUCCUUCGUUCACGUCUUCCUGCUGGGCAGCUGGACAGCGCUGCUGGUCAAAGCUGUCAUCACCGGCUUCCUGGCGCUUAGCUCCCUGGGUCUCUUCGUUACCUUGGUCCACGGAAACUAAUCGCCCCCACCCCCACCCCCACCCCGCCAGGGAUACUCUCAGCUCUGCAACCUAGGGACCUUGGGGAUGGCUAAACACCCGGUUUUGCUGCCCGUCGUGGCACGGGAUCCAGUCCAUGUUGGAUCCACCAGGACAAGGGUCAGAAUAAACCACAGCUGUCGGGUUUUUUUUAUUUUCAA